ACUUGCAAAUUCCAAUCCGGCCCCUGGCGUCGCCUCCUCCGCCUCCAAUUGUCUCCUCCCGCCUCCCUUCCCCUCCCCGCGAGGCCGUCCCCCACCCCGCCUCAGCCACGCAAACCCUAGCGCGGAGCCCCCUCCUACAAGCUCCCCGGAGGCCAGGAUGGCGGCGACGUCGGCGCCGGCAGCGAGCGCCGAUGCCAACGGCUACCCGGCGGCGCGGGUGGGGGCGCCGACCAACCCAAUGGCGACGGCGCUGCUCACCGAUCAGUACCAGUUCUCCAUGGCCUACGCGUACUGGAAGGCUGGCAAGCACGCCGACCGAGCCGUGUUUGACCUGUACUUUAGGAAAAAUCCAUUUGGUGGAGAAUUCACUGUUUUUGCUGGCCUUGAAGAAUGCAUCAAGUUUAUUGCAAAUUUUAAGUUCACAGAGCAUGAUAUUUCUUUCCUGCAAUCAGUCAUGCCAAUGUGUGAGGGUGGGUUCUUUGAUUAUCUCAGGGAAAUUGACUGCUCUGAUGUGGAGGUGUACGCCAUUCCUGAGGGCUCAGUAGUUUUUCCAAAAGUACCCUUGAUGAGAGUUGAGGGUCCAGUUGCUGUGGUUCAACUGCUUGAAACUCCAUUUGUAAAUUUCAUUAAUUAUGCCUCUUUAGUGACUACCAAUGCUGCGCGGCACCGUCAUGUCGCUGGAAAGUCAAAGGUUCUAUUGGAAUUUGGUUUAAGACGAGCACAGGGACCUGAUGGUGCAAUAAGUGCCUCAAAGUAUUGUUUUAUGGGAGGUUUUGAUGCAACCAGUAAUGUCUUGGCUGGAAAUCUCUUUGGCAUACCACUUCGUGGAACACAUUCUCAUGCUUUUGUUAGUUCGUAUAUGAGCCUUGAUGAGAUCCCAGACAAGGCCCUCAGGAGUAAAGAUGGUUCAAGAGUCUGCAAGGAUUUUGUUAGUUUGGCGAAAGAGUGGCUUCAAAAGAUUCAGGCAGUAGAUUCAUUAUGUGGCGUGUUUGGUGAGACAAAUCAAAGUGAGCUGGCAGCAUUUUCAUCAUAUGCAUUGGCUUUUCCAACCAACUUUCUUGCCCUUGUGGACACAUAUGACGUUAUGCGAAGUGGAAUUCCAAACUUCUGUGCAGUGGCUCUAGCACUCCAUGAGUUGGGGUACGAGGCAUCUGGUAUUAGAUUAGAUUCUGGUGAUCUGGCAUAUUUGUCUAUUGAAGCUCGAAAAGUGUUUCGCUUAAUAGAAAAGGAGUUUAAUAUACCAUAUUUUGGGAAGACAAUCAUUACUGCUAGCAAUGAUCUGAAUGAGGAAACAAUUGAUGCCCUCAACAAACAGGGUCAUGAGGUUGAUGCCUUUGGAAUUGGAACAUAUCUUGUAACAUGCUAUUCCCAGGCUGCACUUGGCUGUGUCUUUAAGCUAGUUGAGAUAAAUAGUAAACCUCGUAUCAAACUUUCCGAGGACGUGGCAAAAGUCUCCAUUCCGUGCAAAAAACGGUGUUUCAGAUUGUAUGGGAAAGAAGGCUACCCACUGGUAGACAUCAUGAUUCGUGAAAGUGAACCGUCACCUAAGGCUGGAGAGCGAAUCCUCUGUCGCCAUCCAUUCAUUGAAUCCAAGAGAGCAUAUGUUGUCCCACAGCAUGUUGAGGAGCUUCUUCAGUGCUAUUGGCCUGGGAGAUCAGAUAAACCUAGAGUAGAGCUACCCUCUUUGGAGCAGAUCAGAAGCCGCUGCAUGCAACGGCUUGAAAAAUUGCGGCCAGACCACAUCAGACGGCUAAACCCGACACCUUACAAGGUGAGCGUGAGCGCAAAGCUGUAUGAUUUCAUUCAUUUCCUAUGGCUGAACGAGGCACCGGUAGGUGAAUUACAAUAGAUACUUGCAGAAGUUUGAGUCGUCUUGGAAGCAUAGCAGCAAUACAUACAAAAGAAGGAAAAGAAAUCUAGCGUUCUUUUGUACAACUUCGUCUCCCAUCCUGUAGGAUUUUGCUCCCCAGUGUUUAUUUAUACAAACCAGUUAUCGGUAUAGAGGCAGGUCAGGAUACCUGAUUUUAUACAUCCCUUGAUUGGCGGGAUACUAUAUAUACGUCAUUAUGAUGUAACAUCAUCUGGAGACUUGAUGGGAAAAAGUCAUCCCCAAAAUAUUGGCAUCCUGCCGCGUUUGUUUGUC